UCAUCUCUGUGAGCCACGAGUCAAGCUGAGUCAAAUUUUAUGCGUUGGUAAAGUUUCUUUUCUUUAUCUUGCCAUGGCUGAUGAUAUAUUACUUCGAGUUUUGACGUUAAACUGUUGGGGAAUUCCAUAUGUGUCGAAGAACUGGAUUGCUCGUUUGCAAGCUAUAAUAGAUAAGCUUACCACGGAUGAAUAUGACAUCGUGUGUCUUCAGGAAAUCUGGUCCUCUAAGGACUUUGAAAUUGUCCAGGCCAAAGUGAAGGAUCACCUUCCACAUGCACAUUACUUUUAUAGUGGGGUUUAUGGCUCAGGAAUGUGUAUUUUGUCACGGUAUCCUAUUCAGGAUGUUAUGUUCCAUAAAUGGGCACUAAAUGGAUAUGUCCAUAAAAUUCAUCACGGGGACUGGUUUGGAGGGAAAGGUGUGGGAUUGUGCAAGAUUAUGAUCAGGGACAUAGUGGCUAACGUUUAUACCGCACACUUGCACGCUGAAUAUGACAAGGAAAACGAUGAGUACACGGCGCACCGAGUUCUCCAAGCAUUUGACACGGCGCAGUUCAUUAGAAUGACCAAAGGAGGUGCUGACGUUAUAAUAUUGGGUGGUGACCUUAAUACAGAACCUCAGGAUUUGGCAUAUCGAAUAAUAUGUGGUACUGCCGGCAUGGUGGAUGCUUGCUCAAUUAGCUCUAAUAUUCAGGGGACCAACAUGUGUGCCAACAAUAGUUAUACGAACUCAAAGUGUGCUCGAAAGGAACCGCAAGGAAAGCGAAUUGACUACAUAUUGUACUUAGGUUCAACGCAUUACAACGUUGAAGUUACUGACUUUAAGCAUCCAUUUCCUGAGAGAAUUCCCUCCAAGCCAUUUAGUUACUCAGACCACGAAGCUGUGAUGGCCCACUUUAAAUUGACAAGAGGAGAGAGAGAAGUUGCCAUGUCAGAUGUCAAAGAUACCUUGAAAGAGGCUCUUGAUAUCUGUGAUUUGGCAUUACGAGAUGUAAAGCGCCAGCGCUGUUAUUAUUUACUAAUUGGUGGCUUGUUGGCGAUACCAGUGAUCUGGUCUAUGGGAAUAGAUUGUUUUACCCAGUCUAUUGGCCUGUCAAUUGGUGCGAAUAUACUUCGACUUCUUUUAACCGCCACGUUGUGCUACGUAUUGUUCAUGAGUUCAAUAUGGAACAGCGUUGAAAGAAACGCUCUCACUGCUGGCAGUUUGGCGAUGACGAUUCACCUUGAGCAGCUAAAGAAUAACUCAAGCAACAACAUUCCCGAACACCGUGCACUGUCUAAAAGUGAUGUCACUCUGCAUGGAAGGGAAACGCUUCAAAGAAGAGUAGCUCCUCGUAGCUGAGUCUUGUGGUUAAAUUCACAGUGGCAUACAAACGUGAAUAAAUUUGUUUUCUACAUCAUAUAAAGUACUAUCGGUGAAGACUCGUAGGACAAGAACCUUUACGCAGGCAGGUUUUAAAGUCAUGCGCAUUUAUUAUUUCAUUUACUAUAAUUGUAUAUGCUUCACGGCUUUGCUGGCAAUAUCGAAUGAAGGAUAACUAUUCGUAUAAUUAAAAUCUUUCCUCUCUUGAUGCAAUUCUUAGUGACGGGUUUCCGUUAACUGAAUGUCCAGUGAGAUCAAAAAAUGAGAAUUGUACCAUGGUAGCCAUUAAACAGAACUGAGAAUCCAGUUGAUUAUAACUCAAA